GCUUCACUCUCCAACCUUCAAACCCCCUCCCUUCCUUUCUCUUUCUCUGUGUUAGAGACAGUGACAUUCUAAUCAACUUCCCCUCAACUCUCUUUAUCUUUAAUUUCUGCUCCAGCAAGUUUGCAUGGUAAUGCUUCGUUAUCUUCUAUUUAGAGCCAGCUUUUUCACUUUGAAUUUGGCUUUAGAUUCUAGGUGUUUUCUUUUUCCCUGGCAGGUGGCCUGAUAGCUUGUCAGCUCUAGAUCUGUUGUUCCAUCAUCGUUUGUUUUCGGGAUUGUCUUUAAAGAUGCAGACGAGAUCUGGGUCGGUUGGGUCAUUAGAGGAAGGGAAGGAGACUGUGGUUACAAUUAGAUCAACCCAAUUUAAGUCUCCACCAUUAAGGGUACUUCAAUUAUUCGUGUUGUAUCUUGCUGUCUGUAUUGCUUUCUCCAUCAUUAGUAUAUACACAAUCCAGCAUUUUGGAAUCUAUAGUGUGAUAACAACUGUUAAGUCGAAUUUUGUGACUUGCGACGAAGAACCGAAUGAUAGUUUGGAUCAUUGGAGGAAACCUCCAUCGAGUUUGCUUCAUUCUAUGAACGAUAAAGAGUUGUUUUGGAGGGCAUCGUUUGCGACUCGAAUAAAGAAGUAUCCAUUCAAUAGAUUUCCCAAGAUUGCUUUUAUGUUCUUGACUAUAGGGCCAUUGCCACUUUCUCCUCUCUGGGAGAGGUUUUUUAAUGGCCACGAAGGCCUUUAUUCUGUGUAUAUUCAUUCACUGCCAUCUUUCAAGGCCGAGUUUCCUCCUUCUUCGGUGUUUUAUGGGAGACAUAUCCCGAGUCAGAUAUCCGAGUGGGGAAAGAUGAGUAUGUGUGAUGCCGAAAGACGGCUCGUUGCCAACGCCUUGCUCGACAUAUCCAACGAAUGGUUCAUCCUCCUAUCUGAAUCUUGUAUACCCUUAUACAACUUCAGCGUCAUCUACCACUACAUAAAGAAAUCCAGAUACAGCUUUGUCGAUUCAUUUGAUGACCCCGGACCAGUGGGUCGAGGGCGGUACAACGAGAGUAUGGCUCCAGAGGUGACUCUCACCCAAUGGCGUAAAGGUUCCCAGUGGUUCGAAAUCAACCGAAGCCUCGCAAUCAACAUAGUGGAAGACAUUAAAUAUUACCCCAAGUUUGAACGGUUCUGCCAACCAGAAUGCUAUGUCGACGAGCAUUAUUUCCCAACCAUGUUAGCAAUUCAAGCAUCGAAUCUGUUGGCAAAUAGAAGCAUCACAUGGGUAGAUUGGUCGAGGGGCGGCGCUCAUCCUGCAACUUUCGGAAACGCAGACAUUAGCGAAGAGUUCUUCAUAAGAAUCCAUGAAGGCAAUGAAUGCAGGUAUAACAAUCAGCCAUCUUCCAUUUGUUUCCUUUUCGCCAGAAAGUUUGCUCCCGGUGCAUUGGAGCCAUUGUUAGAGAUAUCAGCCAAGGUUUUCGGUUUCUAACGUCGGUCCGAGUGAUUGGAAACUAUUAUCUAUUACUAAUAUAAGACUAUUCAACCAAAAAGCUGAUGUA